AUGGCUUCCCUAGCAUUCCCGUCCCUCGCCAAGAAGGCAACUUUAUCUGACGGCACAACAUAUGGUUAUGUCGCUCAUCCUUCUACCAGAGGCGAUGGAAUCACUUUCCUGCUCCUCCACGGAUAUCCCAGCUCUUGCUACGACUGGCGCCAUCAGAUCAAGUCGCUUUCAGCCGCAGGAUAUGGCGUGAUCGCGCCUGACCUGUUGGGCUAUGGCGGCACGGACAAGCCUGCUGAUCUAGCUUUUUAUCGCUUGAAGACCAUGUCUCUCCAUAUGGCCGAAAUCUUGGACAUCGAAAAGGUCGACCGUUGUCUGGCUGUGGGUCAUGAUUGGGGCUGCGGGCUGCUUUCACGACUUGUCUCGUAUGUGCCCGAUCGCUUAGUAGGCAUUGUGCUUAUUUCGGUCGGGUAUUCGAAACCCGGUAUGGUCUGGGACAUGGACAAAAUAAACUCACAUAUCAAGUCACUCAUUGGGUACGAGCCUUUUGGCUACUGGCCAUGGCACAAUACCGAGGAGGCAGUCAAGGAUUGUGACGAUCAUUCGGAGUCAGUUUUCACGCUCGUCUAUCCAGCUAAUCCAGAUGACUGGAAAGUCAAUUUUGCUCCCCUGGGGGCUGCGGCAGCGUACGUCAGCACAGGUAGAACUGACCCGUAUCCUUCUUGGUAUACUCCUGAGGAGUACAAGGUGAGAAAGCAAAUCUUUGCCCAGGGAUAUCGGGGCCCCAUGAACUGGUACAAGGCCGCGAUUCGCGGCGUCAACCUAGCGGAUGAAGCCGACAUUACGGACGGACGUUGUCAUUUACCCACACUCUUGGUUGUGAGUGAGAAAGAUCAUGUCGCAAGGGCAGAUAUGGGUAUUGCUGGUACUAAGGAAUUGGUGGCCGAUCUUCGGGUGAAGAGAUUUGAAGAGUGUGGGCACUGGAUUCAGCUGGAGCGACCGAACGAGAUAAACGACGCGCUAAAGGAGUUUGCUCGGGAGUUAUUUGGUAAGAAUGAGGCUGAAGUCACGAGUACUUAA